CGCUGGAUCCUGUGGAUGCCGUGGAUGUAUCGGAUUUUCAACAUUCACAACACUCACGAAACCCAAUGCGCCUUCCCUCGCAACGACCAUUACGACAUAUAAUGACUGCGAUCUCGAUUCGUACAGGCUCCAUUCGUGGCUAAGAACCAUCCUCCGCGUUGCCACUGCUCUGCAUUUUAGCCUGGAUGAUAUUUGUCGGAUUCGAUCGCUGCAGAUGGCGUCGGAGGAGUGGUUGCAGCAUCAAAACAAUGCUAUUACGAUAGCACUGAAGAACGUCUCCGGUGUAUUCGAAGACAGCCUCUCUCAACUCAAAGAACAUGUGAAGCUAUGCGAGGGACGAAUUAAGGACAAAGAUGAUACGAUUGAUGUAUUACGGCAUUCAAAUGAAUCGCUCGAAGAGGAAAACCGCCGUCUUCGGGAACAGCUGCUCUCUAGAUCGGCAACAAAAGGCCGCACGAAUGACCCGGACUCGACAGUCAAUUAUGAAGAACUUCAACGGAAUAUAAACGCAUUGACAGAAACCAAUGCCAACCUCCAAACCAGCACCGAUCUGGCAGUGAAGCGGUUGAAGGAGGCCAAGACAUUGGUGGUGUCAUGGCAGAAAUACUUCGAGAAGAAACAUGGCGUGUGCUGCGGGCCAGGAGUUGUCUCGCAGAUGAAAGGAUUUCGCGACUGCACCAGUAGCGCAGGGCGGGCGACUACACCCCCCAGGAAUAUUAUGUCCCUAGCUUCGAAUCCUUUACCUGAUCCGCUAGUCAUACCCGAGUCGCCGUCAGUUGCACGGCACUAUGAUAUUGAAGAACGUCAAAGACUGAGUUCUUCGAUCGACCACCCGCCCGCUGACAACAUUCAUCGGACGACAAUGGAGCUGUCCAAGCAAUCUACGUUGCCAAAUGGCCAGAAUAUGCCAAUGGAAAGAAUCAUAGGCUAUUCGACAAAUGACGUCGUGAAGUCGAGCCAGGCGACCGAAGGCGAGCCAUUGUCUUUAGGAGCCCAGGAAGAAUCCCUUAACCAAAGAGAUGAGGACGAACCGGUCGUUGUAUCGGAGCGUCUAUUGCCACGGAGACGACCAGCUCGCACUUCAAGCACGGCCGACCCAUCGCGAGGAUCGCCAGAAGACCCCAUCGUUGUCAAGGAAGAAACAAUGAGCAGCCAGGCCACUGAAGGCAUGAAGAGAACCUUGGGACGGGUUGAGACGCUGGAUGAUGAGACGCAGUUCUCGAAGUUCUCACCACGGAAACGAAUGAAGAUGGCGCCUCCCCUUUCUGCGCAACUCUCAUCUAGUUCCGUUGGUAUACCUGAUCGAGCGUGUAGCCUCCCAGCCGAGGAAAGCCAGAGAAUGACAGGCGACGACCGUCGCCGGGUAAGCGGAUCUCAUUUGCAAACACCCGCAGCUCUACCCCGGCCGCAAAGCGAUCCCGAAUGGAAUGAAGCAGAAGACGAUAUGGUGUUUGACCAACAUCAAGCUACCUUGAACGCAUCAAAACGAAUUCCACAAGAAAGGUUCCUCCAUCCUAUUGACGCAAAUUUCCUACCUCGAGCUACGAUAUCAGAGAGCAGGAGAGGGAGUAGGCGUAAGAUGGGAAGCAGUGAGCACAAGAUUGGCUAUUUGGCUGAAGAUGCGACCCUCACAGAUCAGACGAAUACUCCACAUCAAGAGAAGAACGUCCGCUCUGAAGAUCGCCUGUUCACACUACUCGCGGCUGCCGAGCCAUCCCCAAGACAGACGAUCACUCCGCGACGCAGUCCUAGUGCUGAUCGACGCCUGCGAAAAUCACUUCCGAGCCACGCACCGGAGCCGAGAACGGCCCGGAAGACAAGAAGUAAACAGGUUGCAAACGUCCCAACCCCACAGUCCGCGCCGCCCCGGACGAGGGUAGCCUCCACUGAAGUGGGAGGUCCUAGUAAACAAUUCCCGACAAAGCGGCUUCGCGAUCUUCCUGUCCGCGAGCUAAAUCUAGAAGACUUCCGGGUCAACCCCAACCUGAACGAGGGCAUAAUGCAUGCAUUUAGCGAGGUCGUCCGUGGCCAUGCACGAAAAUGCCUCCCCGGCUGCACCGAUCCAUCGUGUUGCGGGCAAAACUUCCUGGCCAUGGCCGAAAACGCCGGACCCGAAAUGUUCGACGUGCCGAAGGGGUUCGCCUCCUCGCAGGAGAGCAUUUCCGCCGAGGAGCACGAACGCGACGACCAAGGCAACUUCAUCGUCACCGCCCGAGUCGGCGGUACCAAAACCGCACUCCAUCCCAACGACAUCCGCGUCCUGAAGAACUACCUCGGCCAAGCGUUUUCCUUCGAUCUCCUCUCCUCCAUGAACGCAAAGGGCUUGAAGGACACGGUCUCCGAGGCGCGGGCAGAUUGGUUGUCCGAGAAAUAUGGCAGGCACCGUCAGGCGUUCACGCGCAGGCCGACGCCGCCGCUGUAUUGGAGGACGGAUAUGCCAAGCACGCAGGAGUUGGAGAAGCAGAGGAAGGAAGCAAAGGAAGCGAAUGCUAAGGAGGUGCAGGAGAGGGCACGGAUAGCACUUCGAGGGGGGGGCAGAUGGGUAUUCAGGGAUGAAGUAUGACAUCUCUAACGACUCUGGUCAUUCGGGCGGAAUCUGUCUUUAGCUCGGCCUAGUAACGAUACAGAAUCAUGGCCACUACGCCUGUUUAUGCCGGUGUCUAUGUACGACUAUCCUGUAUGCUAGUUGUUCACUGUAGAAUCCAUGCGUAUCCGGCAAUUGAAUGUAGAAUCCCG